GAAAGACACGCAGAAACCAACUCCCUCUCCUCGGACUCCUCGUACUCCUCUGUCUUCAUCUUCACUCGCCUGCACCCAAACACAUCACUCCACCCAAUCCCCCAUCUCCAAUCUCGCCCCCCUUCUAUUUCAGACACCAACGUUAAAAGGAUGAAAAGCCAUUGAUUUCGUUGGACCCACAAAGAUUGAAACUUGCAGGCCCCCUUAAGAUCCGCACAUAAUGGCGACAAAAGGGAACACAGGAGACAACAGAAGUCGAAGUUCUAUGUCAGUUUUCAUCGUAGCUGGUCUCUGUUGUUUCUUUUACAUAUUGGGUGCUUGGCAGCGAAGUGGUUUUGGAAAGGGAGAUAGCAUUGCUGUGGAGAUUACCAGGCAAACAGACUGCAGUAUCCUUUCCACUCUGAAUUAUGAGACUCAUCACGGGAUUGAUGAAGGAGUGGUCAAGGAAUUCAAACCAUGUCCAGAUCGCUACAAUGAUUACACUCCUUGUCAGGACCAAAUGCGAGCCAUGACUUUUCCUCGAGAAAAUAUGAAUUACAGGGAACGACAUUGUCCUCGUGAAGAAGAGAAGUUGCAUUGCCUUAUCCCAGCACCCAAAGGUUAUGUGACCCCUUUUCGGUGGCCCCAAAGCCGUGACUAUGUGCCGUAUGCUAAUGCGCCUUAUAAGAGCCUGACAGUUGAGAAGGCUGUUCAGAACUGGAUUCAAUAUGAGGGCAAUGUCUUUAGGUUCCCUGGUGGUGGAACACAGUUUCCUCAUGGAGCAGAUGCAUAUAUCAAUGAACUUGCAGCUGUGAUUCCCAUGGACAAUGGGGUAGUCAGAACUGCAUUAGACACUGGAUGUGGGGUUGCCAGCUGGGGUGCUUACCUGUUUAAAAAGAAUGUUAUAGCCAUGUCAUUCGCACCAAAAGACUCUCAUGAAGCACAGAUUCAAUUUGCUCUGGAAAGAGGAGUUCCAGCAGUAAUUGGUGUUCUUGGAACUAUAAAGCUGCCAUAUCCUUCUAGGGCCUUUGACAUGGCUCACUGCUCUCGUUGCCUCAUUCCAUGGAGUGGGAAUGAUGGAAUGUACAUGAUGGAAGUGGAUCGAGUUCUUAGACCUGGCGGUUACUGGGUCCUUUCUGGUCCUCCUAUUAACUGGAGGAACAAUUUUGUUGCAUGGCAGCGGCCUAAAGAAGAACUUGAGGAAGAACAGAGGAAGAUUGAAGAUACUGCAAAGCUUCUUGGCUGGGAAAAGAAGUAUGAGAAGGGUGAAAUUGCCAUAUGGAGAAAACGAAUAGGCUUCCAUCAUGACCAAGAUUCUCAACCUCCUCUGUGUGAAUCCCAGAAUGCUGAUGAUGUCUGGUACAAGAAGAUGGAAGUGUGCAUAACUCCUUCUCCCAAUACUAUUAGUCAUGAUGAGGAUGGUGGUGCGGCAUGGAAGCCAUAUCCCGAAAGGCUCAAUGUUGUACCUUCCAGAAUAUCCACUGGAUCCGUCCCUGGUGUCUCUGCAGAUACAUUCGAGAAUGACAAAAGGACAUGGAAGAAACAUGUGAGUGCAUAUAAAAGGACCAACAAAUUGCUGGAUACAGGGAGGUAUCGCAACAUUAUGGAUAUGAAUGCCGGUCUUGGAAGUUUUGCUGCUGCUCUUGAUUCUCCCAAACUUUGGGUAAUGAAUGUUAUGCCCACAAUAGCUGAGAAAGACACUUUGGGAGUUAUAUUUGAGCGUGGAUUAAUAGGCAUUUAUCAUGAUUGGUGUGAGGGCUUCUCCACGUAUCCAAGGACAUAUGACCUUAUUCAUGCAAAUGGUAUUUUCAGCAUGUAUAAGGAUAAGUGUGAUGCUGAAGACAUUCUUCUAGAGAUGGAUCGUAUACUACGGCCUGAAGGAGCAGUGAUAAUUCGUGACCACAUGGAUGUGCUGGCCAAAGUGAGCAGAACUGUGAAAGGAAUGAGAUGGAAAACAAAGACUGUGGAUCAUGAGGAUGGCCCUCUUGUUUCAGAAAAGGUGCUGUUUGCAGUUAAACAGUACUGGGUUUCUGGUGAAAACAAUUCUACAUCCACAGAAUGAUUAAGUAAGAAGCAAAACAGACAGGCCAAAAGAAAAGGAAAGAACAGAAAGUUAAAGAAACAAAUGGGGACAAUAUAUUGUCUUGAGCAAACAACGAAAUCGUAAGCCAGGGGCUUUACAGCAUUUCUGUUAAUUGCCAUGUUCAUCCACCACUCCUUCCCUUUAAGUCGAUUAUGGUCUUUUUAGUUUCUUUUUUCUCAUCAACAACACAUUUUUACUGCAUUUUCUUUCGAGGUAAUAUAGAGCUUUUGAUUUCAUAUUUUUUACAUGUAGAUUGACCCGGCAAUGCUCGUGGCUUAAAGUUAAUGAUUUAAUUUAAUCUUUU